AUGGAAAAAUCAUUGAUAUCUGUUGGACUCUUAUUAUUAAUAGGAUCAGGUUUAUAUCUAAAAUAGAAUGGAGAAGACCUAUAUGAAUUACAGAAAGUUAAACAAUUUAAUGAUUGGAAAUUCUAAUACAACAAAAAAUUUAGUAGUGAACAAGAGGAGAUGUAUAAUUGAUAAUUUAAAAGUUUAGGUAUCGUUAUUUAGUGUUCUAAUAAAAUGCUUAAUUAAUUGAGGCACAUAACAAUGAUAAAUCUGGUAAGUAUACAUAUACUUUGGAGACUAACUAAUUUGCAGACUUGACAGAAUAAGAAUUUGUAUAAAGAUAUUUGAGUUUGAAACCUAAGAAUAGUAAUAAAUCAAAAUCAUUUGAUUAUGUUCCAAAUGGAUAAGCUAGAGAUUGGGUUGAAGAAGGCAAAGUGCCACCAAUUAAAGAUUAAGGAACAUAAUGUGGUUCUUCAUGGGCAUUUGCUGCAGUAGGUGUAUUAGAAAUCAACGGCAAUAUCAAUUUUGGAUUAUAAUCCUCACUCUCUGAGUAGGAUAUGUUGGAUUGUUCAGGUCCAUAUGGUAAUUAAGGUUGUUCUGGAGGAUGGAUGGAUUCUGGAUUUGAAUACGUCAGAGAUCACGGCAUUGCAAGUGCGUCAGANUAAAAGCAGGCUUUUAAGAAAUGUGAAAAUUAAUAAAAUUAGAAUAAAUGUAAACAUCAAAUAAGAAAUAAGCAAUCCAUUAUAAAUAAUUGGCAAAGGUUUAUAAGCAAUGUGCAGAGACAUAAAAAUUUAUAGAUGAAUUUGAAAAGAAAAACAAGGUUCAUGUUGAUAAAUUUGUUCCACUUGAUUAUUUAGAACUUCCUACUAAGAUUCCAAAUAUUAUUUCAAUAUCUUUAAAAAACAAAAAGAGAUUUGCUUUGGAGAAUAUUAUAAAAGAUGGAGGUUAAAAAUCAUCGAAAAAAAGUAGUAAUUCUAAAAGCAAAUAAAAGGAGAAAGAACCAUAAGUGGUUAAUACUGAAUGA